AUGGCUGUGGUCUUGGUCCUCUGGCUCCUCCUGGGCCAGGCCACGGGGGACCCAUGCUACGACCCAGGGGGCCGCCCCCGCUUCUGCCUCCCACCGGUGACCCAGCUGGCCAGUGGUCCGCCGGCCUCCUGCCCCCAGGCCUGUGUGCUCUCCCAAGGGACCAGCCCCAGGGCCCUCUGCAAUGAUAGCCUGAUCCUGGCGCUGGGGGGGACCUUCCUUUUGACGUCCGUCAGUCUGCGCUUCUGCACCCCAGGCCCCCCGGCUCUGGUCUUGUCCAGCGCCUGGGCCGCCGGGGGUCCCUGGAAGCUGCUGUGGCGCAGGCCUGCCUGGUCUGGUGCCUUAGGAGGCCCGGAAAGAGUGACCUUCCGCCCCUCACCGGGUCCUAAGUCCAGGGUGGUGGCCAGUCACCUUCGCGUGGAGGUCGGAGGCUGGACAGGUCUGGCAGCAGCCGGGGUGAGAGGCCGCUGCCAGUGUCACGGUCACGCUGCGCGCUGCGCCGCCAGGGCCCAGCCCCCGCGCUGCCGCUGUCGCCACCACACCACCGGCCCCGGCUGUGAGAGCUGUCGCCCGUCCCACCGCGACUGGCCCUGGCGGCCUGCCACACCCCGACAUCCGCACCCCUGCCUGCCCUGCUCCUGCAACCAGCACGCCCGGCGCUGCCGGUUCAACUCCGAGCUGUUUAGGCUGUCGGGCGGCCGCAGUGGGGGUGUGUGUGAGCGCUGCCGCCACCACACAGCUGGGCGGCACUGCCACUACUGCCAGCCAGGCUUCUGGAGGGACCCCAGCCAGCCCAUCACCAGCCGCAAGGCCUGCAAGGCCUGCCGGUGCCACCCUAUCGGCGCCAUAGGAGGCGCCUGUAACCAGACCAGCGGGCAAUGCUCCUGCAAGUUGGGCGUCACGGGCGCGACAUGCAAUCGCUGUGGUCCCGGCUACCAGCAGAGCCGCUCCCCCAGAAUGCCCUGCCAGAGAGUCCCUGAGGCAACGACGCCCCUGGUCCCCACGCCCGGUGCCCACAGCUCUGACCCUCAGUGUCAGAACUACUGCCACCUGCCAGACAAGAGCGUCCACAUGAGCCUCAGCAGGUUCUGCCAGCAGGACUACGUGCUCCGCGCGCAGGUGCUGGCGGCCGAGGCGGCGGGCCCGGCGUGGCGGCGGCUGGCGGUGCGCGUGCUGGCCGUGUACAAGCAGCGGCCAUCGCAGCCCGUGCGUCCCGGCGGCCAGGACGCCUGGGUGCCCGAGGCCGACCUGGCCUGCGGCUGCCUGCGCCUGCUCCCCGGCGCCGAUUACCUGCUGCUGGGCGGCGCGGCCGACGGCCCGGCCCCCGCGCGCCUCGUGCUGCACCGCCACGGCCUCGCGCUGCCCUGGAGGCCGCGCUGGGCCCGGCCGCUGCGGCGGCUGCAGCAGGAGGAGCGCGCCGGGGGCUGCCGCGGCCUGCAGCCCCGCACCCCGAGACCCGGGCCGGCGCCCUAG